UCCAAAACUCGAGCAUCCAUUAACUUGAUACGAGUACGCCUUUCCAGUGGCUCAGUGGUCUGCCCCAUAAGCAGUUAUUAAUUUGCAUUUGAGUUCGAAACAAGUCGUUCAACUAUUAGCUCAACCUGCCGUCACUAUCUUUGCCUAGAUCUAUAUCACAUAUGAAAUAGGAAAUUCAAAUAUUCAGCACGACCAGUUUUCUACAAUUAGCACUGCCUGGAAAAUUAGAAAUUAAAAUAUUUGCGCUACCAAUAGGUGGACAGACAGAUGUGCCGUGUUAGCCGUACAAUAGAAAAUUAGCACCUGUGAAAUUGAAGCAUAAAGAGUCUGUCAAUACAGAUGAUCCACCAAAAGCGGUGACAAGCGAAUCUUUCGCGAGUUAACAACUAAAUCUUAUGACUGCAAAUUUUUCGCCAUGUUUGUCCUCGGAAAAUAAGGGCUAACAAUCAGAUAAUGGCAUAAAGCGAAGUGGAACUCAUUAUCUGUCUAUAAUCAACCUCCUUCUGGCUUAUCGAUAAGACUUUAAUCAUUGUAGGGCGUGAUUUGUGAUAUGAUAUCAGUGGAAAAUAUAUUAAACUUGGCUAAUUUAUUCAUGAAUGGAGUUAAAUCAAAAGAUAACAGAGUUACUUAAGAUGACUCAUUUCAGGUUCAUAACUAAACAUAAAGAUAAAUGUGACUGUUUUGUUUUGCAUAUAAUUGAAUAGAACAAAAAGGUGUCACGAGCUAAAGUUUUCCUACAUUCUCUUUUUAUAGCAAAAAAAUGUUCCAUUAGAGAGGCGCCACUGGAGCCAUGGUCAAUCCUUCACCAGCCCGAGGUGGAGAAUCCACUGCCCCCCACAUACUCCCCAAUGAGAUGGAGAACGAACUGGACAAGAGGAUGGCAUCAGCACCACCUGCAGCACCUGCGAGUAGCGAUGUCAUCGGGGAUGUCGUGGGCGACUUUGGCAUCUGGCAGCUGAGAACCAUCCUCAUCAUCUUUCUUUGCAAGAUCCCCGCCGCCUGGUUCAUGGCAUGCAUCAUCUUCACCGGACCGGAGCUCUAUCCCGGUUCGGAGUUCGCCUGCGACACCAGCUAUCUGGUUACCAGCAGUAACUCCAGCUUCAGUGUUUCGGACAACCAGUGUUAUGUCCUGGAGGAAUCAUCGGGAGUAAGAAGCGAGUGCCAGCAGUUCACCUACGACUCCAGCUUCGACUCCCUGAUCAUGCAGUUCAACCUGGUCUGCCUGAGAGACAUCUUCGUGGCCUGGACUCAGUACUGGCAUCUGUUUGGGGUCCUCGUGGGCGGCGUCAUGGGCACCAAGAUGAUGCUGGCCAUCAGUCCGAGGAGCACCUAUUGCGUGGGCGCCAUUGCCCAGAUCGGUUGCGGAGUGGUCACUGGAUACGCCAAGGAUUUCAGCCUGCACUGCGCAUUCCGCUGCCUCUCCGCCGUCUGCUGUGCGAUCAUGUUCACAAGUGGUCAGGCAAUAUUUGCCGACAUUACGGCGGGAAUGCAUCGCAUUGGUGCCAUCAUUCUGUACGACACCUUCUGGUCCAUUGGGGUCAUCCUGCUGCCCGGUCUCUCCUCGUUCUUCAACAACUGGUCGCUGAUCUAUGUGGGGAUCACGUUUCCCACUGUAAUGCUGAUAGUGCUGCUCUACUGGACCCCGGAUUCGCCCCGCUGGCUGCUCCGGCAUGCCGUGGACCGGUUUUCCAUCGACCACGUGGAGGAAAUUGUGCGCGAAGGAGCAGCGAUCAAUGACCGCACAUUCAAGAUCCCUCCGGACUUUCGACUUCAGCUGGAGCAGCUGAAUGAGCGGCUGAAGGCUCAACCUCCACCCGCACCCUGGCGGGAGUUGUGGAAGGGAAAACGUGCCAAGACGCACAUGGUGGCCGCCCACCUGGCACUGGCGUUCUUCGUGAUCAACUUCAUGGGCAUGCUGCUCAACAUACGGUCGUUCGGAAGGGACUAUCUGGUGCCAAACACCAUCGCUAUGGGCUUUUCGGAGAUCAUUGGAUGCUUCAUGGCGCUUCACUUUGCCCUCAAGCACAACAAAUGGAAGUGGCAAUGUGCUGGGGUCUUUAAUAUAUUAGCCGGAAUUCUGGGCUGCAUGGGCUGGAUCUUCACCAAUGCUGACUCGAUGGAUGCUGAUCUGAAAGUCAGCCUGUGGAUGAUCAUCGCCACCAUCCCCAAGGCGGCUGUCUCGUGUGCCCAGUCCAUGAUCCUGGCCUGCAUGAACGAGCUGAUGCCGGCGAACAAGAAGCAGCUCUUCGUCUUUUCCGUGGUCACCUGGGCCCGGGUGUGGCUCCUCUCGGCCCCGUUCUUCAAUGUCCUGAAGAAGAUCGACACGGCUAUGUCGUUGACCUCGUACUGUGUGUUCAGCAUCUUGGGCGGAAUCUGCACCAGCCUACUCCUCACGCCCAGGACGAGUGUGGCUCCGAUCGUGCCUCAGGUGGAAGCGAAUGACAAGAAGGAGCAGUCCCCCCUAAACGCCGCCGUUUGGACCGUCGAAUCCGAUGUGAACAAUACUCGAUUGUAGGCGGAGAGGAUCGCACUGCUUUGCCAGCCAAUAGCCUUUGUAUAAGUCAGCUAAUGAAACAACAUUCUUCUGUGAUUAGGUUAAGUGAAUUGUUAUUAAAAAUGCCUGAAGUUAAACUACAGAA